GUACCUUGUUACUCUGUUAACCUGUUACUUUGUUACCUUGUUACCCUGCUACUCUGUUACCUUGUUACCCUGUUACUCUGUCACCUUGUUACUCUGUUACCUUGUUACCCUCAGUGUUAUCUUGUUACCCUGAUACCCUGUUACCUUGUUACCCUGUUACUUUGUUACCUUGUUACCUUGUUACCUUCUUACCUUGUUACUCUGUUACCUUGUUACCUUGUUCCCUUUUUACCUUGUUACCCUGUUACUCUGUUACCUUGUUAGCUUUUUACCUCGUUACUUUGUUACCUUGUCACCUUAUUACCUUGUUACCUUGUUACCUUGUUACCUUGUUACCUUGCUACUCUGUUACCUUGUUACAUUGUUACCUUGUUACCUUGUUACCUUCUUGCCUUGUUACCCUGUUACCUUGAUACCCUGUUACCUCGUUACCCUGUUACCUCGUUACCUUGUUACCCUGUUACCUUGUUACCUUGUUACCUUGUUACUCUUUUACCUUGUUACCUUACUAACAAGGUAAUAGAGUAACAAGGUAACAGUGUACCUCGUUACCUUGUUACCCUGUUACCUUGUUACCUUGUUACUCUUUUAACUUUGUUAGCUUGUUACCCUUGAUACUUUGUUACUCUGUUACCCUGUUACCCUGCUACUCUGUUACCUUGUUACCUUGUUACUCUGUUACCUUGUUACCUUGUUACUCUGUUACCUUGUUAGCUUGUUACUCUGUUACCUUGUUACCUUGUUACUCUGUUACUUUGUUACCUUUUUACUCUGUUACCUUGUUACUCUGUUACCUUGUUACUCUGUUACCUUGUUACCUUGUUACCUUGUUACACUGUUACCUUACUACCCUGUUACCUUGUUACCCUGUUACUCUGUUACCUUGUUACCUUGUUACUCUGUUACCUUGUUAGCUUGUUACUCUGUUACCUUGUUACCUUGUUACUCUGUUACUUUGUUACCUUGUUACUCUGUUACCUUGUUACUCUGUUACCUUGUUACUCUGUUACCUUGUUACUCUGUUACCUUGUUACCUUGUUACCUUGUUACCUUGUUACACUGUUACCUUACUACCCCGUUACCUUGUUACCCUGUUACUCUGUUACCUUGUUACCUUGUUAUACCUUGUUACUCUGUUACCUUGUUACGCUGUUACCUUGUUACGUUGUUACUCUGUUACCUUGUUACCUUGUUACUCUGU